AUGGCAGGUCGGCCGACUGCCGAAAGUCAAUUGCCGAACAUUGCCGUAGAAUUUUCUUCGGCGGACGUAGAAGAGACAGAAGAACAGACUACCGUGUCGUUCGGGGCCGCGUGUUGGUUCCUGUCGAUGAGACGGAACAAGUUCACCGGCUCGAACCGAAGGAACGCGAACCGGCCGAACCCUGCAAACGCAGGCGGUCGCAGUAGAAAAGGACCAAAAGAUUUUUCCAAAGGUUACUGUGUUGCGGCCGUUAGGAAGUCAGGCGAAAAUUGUAUGUACUUAUUGAACUAA